AUGUCAACUCUCAUUUUCCUGGUUAUUUUGCCAAUGAUUUUUGCUGCUCAAUCGUGCAAGGAUCCUCUUCUGAAUGAAUGCGGCUGCGCGAGACGCCAAACGUUCGACGCUGCCUGGCUCCAGAAGGAGCAUCCAGAUGUGUAUGCUGAAUUCAGUUCAGCCACAAUUCAGGCUCCAGUUGUGACCUACGGAUCUGCUGAGUGUGAUGAAAUCCGAGUUGUCUGUCCAGAUGAUUUCAAAGUGGCCAGUUUCAAUAUCAGUACCAGUACCAUCAAAUUCGAUCCAAGAUCCUACCCAAAUCCAACCGUUACGCCUGCCUUUUGUCAAGACGGACAAUGGAUCAGAGAGGGACUCUUCAUACCAAUUGAUAUGGAACUCUCACUGGAUUCAUUGACCUGUAUCAAGCAAUAA